UUGAGAUCACUACACAUCAGUUGGCUGAAGUAGCUGGAGGUGUUCCCAACAACUGACUGAGGGUCAGGUCUUGAGUAAUGGAAGUCACUUCAACUGGUGCGGAAGAGCGUGCAACAACUCAUCUCCCAGGCGCCGUCGCUGCUGCCUAUUCUUCUUCUUCUUCAUUCAUCUGUUUUGGGUCGUAGCUGGUGGGCCCAUGAGUCUCAGGCUUACUGUUACCUGUCGUCGGCGACUUUCUACAUCCAGUUAGAGUCUGCUGGUUGCUAGAGAACUUGGUGCGAGAGAAGUGUCCGAGGAGUUUUCUAAAUUUUAAAAAUCAAGAAAAAAGGCGGUUGUCUCCGUUCAAUUUGCAGCAGCGUUCGUGAACGGUUAACGCAGAGCAGACAUGUCCCAGUUGAAGGUUCAAAGCGACCCUUCUUACACGCCAGUGGCUGCUUCACCCGAUGAAGAAGAUGGCAGACGGAAGGAAACAGCAUCGAAAAAGAGAGUGCGCUACAUGAAACAGGUAGGACUGUUCGUCCUGACGACCCUGGGCCACAUCAACUUCGGCAUGGGACUCUCCUGGCCAAACACCAUCGCCUCAGAUAUCCAGAGGGACAACAAAACCCUCCUGGGCACAGAAAUGGACCUCUCUGAUUGGCAGUUGGACAUGACAAGCAGUCUGUUGUUCGUCGGGACGCUUCCUGGCUUCCUCUUCGGAGGAUGGCUCGUGGCUAAGUUAGGAAGGAGGAGGUCAAUGAUGGUCGUGGUCCUUCCUUGCGUCCUCGGCUGGUCCUUCGUGGCGUUUUCCUUCAAUCCAAGCACUCUCCUCAUCGGCCGGUUCAUCAACGGUAUGGCGUAUGCCCUACUUGUCGUAGCUGUGAGAACGUACUUAUCGGAGAUUUCGGACACGGCCAUCCGCGGGGCAGCCAUCUUGAGUGCCGAGUGCAUGAAGAGCUUAGGGGCAAUCCUCAUCGUGGGCAUCGGCAUGCUGGGCACUUGGUAUCAAAUAGCGUUCUUCUGCAUCGCGGAGAUCCUGUUCUUUGGCCUGGUCGUGGUUCCCUUCUUGCCCGAAAGUCCGACGUAUCUGACGGUGACGGGGAAAGAGGAUGAGGCGAGGAGUGUCCUCCGACGUCUGAGGGGAUCUCACUUCGACCUGGAGACAGAGAUCUCCCAGCUGAAGAAGCACAACGUCCGAUCGGACGGAAGCAGCGGGUGGGGCGUCCUCCUCAAGAAGGACAUCAUGAGGAAGUGCUUGAUAGUCUUUGGACUGUUCGCCAUCUCCAACUUCUGCGGCACAGAGGUCAUCAAAGCUAAUGCCGUCCGAAUCCUGCAGACUUCGGGGCUCUCCUUCGACAGGGACGCCAGCUCGAUAGUUGUUUUCGUGCUCUUGCUCGGUGGUAACAUUUUCCAGGCUCUUAUGGUAGACAGAAUCGGCAGGAAGAAAUGUCUCAUUCUCUCGUUAGUUCUUCUCGUUUUAGCUUACACCGUUCUUGGCACUUAUGUCUUCAUGGAAUCAUCAGCUGUGGAGGAAGGAUCUGACAUGGGGGGAGGAAGGUGGAACUGGAUACCGACAGCUUGUCUGAUGGUGUGUGCCUUCAGUAGCAGCUUAGGCAUUGGCCCCACGCCCUGGAUGCUUGCUGUCGAAUACUUCCCCACCAGUAUCCGAUCUCAGGUGAUGAGUGUCUGCACCUUCUUUGGAAGUCUCAUGAGUUUUGCCUCCCUGCAAGUUUACAGUCCAAUGCAAGAAGCACUGACUCCUGCAGGCCUCUAUUGGAGUUAUUCCUUUUUCGCCAUCAUUGGCAUCAUUUACACACUGACAAUCGUCGAAGACACCACCGGGCAGAAGGUGGGAUAGAACAGAGAGGUGAUACCGUCUUAAGGUGCGAUUAUUAGUGUCUUCCAUGAAGCAGAGAUGCAGCUGGAAGUAGUUCAUGUGAUUACUUAUGACUUUCCUUGAAACUCAAACGCUGUAAGUUUGUGCAGAUUGACAAGGAAAUCCCUUUUUUCAUAAGUACCUUUCAUAUAAUACUUUAUUUUGAUGACAACAAGAUUUAUAAGUAUAGCGAACAGUUUUCACAUCUUAGGAGAGUUACAUUAACUGCAGGAAAUGUAACGUUUACUUAAUCUGCGAAUAAAACUAAUAUGAGAAA